GCCCCCCAUAAUUCGAGACUCAUCAACAGCACAUACAAUAUCUCUCCAUCCCCCCGCGAUCCAAAUUAUCUACUCGCGAUCUAUCCAAACCCCCUCCCUCGUGGUGGCGCAGAUUAAACUACAUUGUUGUGCCCCCUUUUUUUUGCCCCGCAGUUUUUCCCCUCCACGCCGAUCCCACGCGAUAAGCAGAACUUCGUCGCGAAUUGAAUCGCGAUUCUGAACGACGAGACUGGCAGUUGGGUUUGCGGAUAUCAAGAUAAACCAGUCUCUCCAGCGCGAGGCGCGAAAUACCUACUUCCGACGCUAGAAAAAAAAACAUCGAAAAGCGCGCAACAUCCAUCCACCUGGGAUAUUUGAUAUCCGAUAUCCAAUAUCCAAUAUCCAAUAUUGUCCUAGAGACAAUCUUUCAUCAUACAUCACCAUCACCACAAUGUCCAAAUCCCAACCCCAACCAUCCCGCCGCCUCCUCAUCUUCCAGGAGGCGCGUAACCCGCACAACACAGCCGAAGUGGUCUACCUCCCCGUCAACAAACUGGGACUCCCCAUCUGCGGCGAUGGGCCAGAUCAACCCUCGAUUUUGGAAUUGCCGUUGCGUGUCUUGAAGGUUUUUACGGAUAUUUUUAAUCAGCCUAAGUAUAAGGGGUGGGCUGUUCUCUCGGCCGGUCGUUAUCAUGAUACAUCCGAGGAAGGAAAGUUCUAUGCGGUUGUUUUGGAACAGACUUUUGUGCCGGGGCAGGUACAGGGGCAAGGGACGAUGGAAUUGGGUACUGUGUCGCCGUGAGGAAGUAGGCAUAGACAUAGGAAUUACGAUUGGGAUUAGAAUCCGGGUUAUGAAGGGCUGGUUUUGUAUUAUGCAUUUUUUCUUGUCUUAUUAUUCAUGCGAAUAAAGACUGUACGAUCU